AUGCCUGCUACACAAACUUACUAUCUCGGCGAUGAAGAGUUUGAUGGCUGGGCAGGCCCAGUGCGAGUCACCUACAAUAGCCACGUGAGACAGAAUCUCCAAGGGGGUGCCAAUCCCGUGCUAAAGAGGGCACUUGAAGACAUUUCUGUUCAAGCCGCUCUUGAGCGUGCGUUCGCUACUGUGCAUGUUCGCGAUAUGGAGUUUUCUCACGCCAAGCGGGAGGAUCGUACGCCUUCUACUCAAGGCUCAUGUUAUGAUUCCCCAGUCGUAGGACAGAGACCUACUGCUAGCGUCUAUUACACGGGCCAUGAACCCAACCCGCCUUCUCCUCCUUUACCACAGUGGGUUGCGAGACCAGCCUAUGUUGCGGCUCCCGGAGUUGAGUAUCAGUGGUGGGAUGGACAAGAUUUACCCAUCACAUGGCGUGAGUAUAGCCUCUAA